AUGGACAAAAGGAUGCUCGGGGCUGCUGUGAUGUUUGUUUUGUCAGGUUACUUGGAUAUGUGUGUGAGUGAGGGUAUCUUACCCCCAGGACCCCUGAGUGGAGCUGUGGCAGGCAAAGUGAAGUUCACCACCACCCUCCUACCUCCUGAUAAUCCAUAUCUCUCUGUCAGCUGGAACUUUAAAGGGGGGAACAUCAUCACUUCCACCAGCAUCAACAUCACUGAGCCCGAAUAUGACAACAGGAUCUCAUUAGACCGAGCCACAGGAGCCCUGGAGCUCAGAAACCUGGUGCUGGAAGACAGCGGGGAGUACACUGUCACCAUCACACCAGACAGAGGGCAGCAGAAACAGGGGAAGACCACUCUGAAUGUGUAUGACAUCCUGAUAGAGGAUGAAAGCAAUGCCAACCUCACCUGUGAGGCCUCCGGCUCCAUCAGCACCAGAAUCUGGAUAAAGGACGGCCAGCCUCUCCAUCCCAGCAGCCGACUCAACUUCUCCUCAGACAACAGGACAGUGUCCAUACAACCUGUUCACUUCUCCAACCACGGCACCUACCAGUGUCGAAUCAGCAACCCAGUCAGCACCAUGACUGUGGCCCAUAAUCUAACUGUCAACUUUGGACCAUAUAACAUAUCAAUUAUUGGACCGUCAGCAGCUCCACCUGGCCAGAGGGUGACACUGCAGUGCACAGCAGACUCUGUCCCACCAGCAAACUUCAGCUGGAUGUUCAACGGCAACGACACUCAUGCUAAUAACUCCAUGUAUAUUAUAGAGAGAUUGGAGGCAGAAAACACAGGGAAUUACACCUGUACUGCCAGAAAUAUGGUGACCAUGCUUGAAAACUCCACAGUUUUAAAUCUAAGAGCAUCCUGCACUGCUCCCUGCUGGUCGUUUUCAGCGCUGGUGGUCAGUGCACUAACUCUGAGAGGGUUAAUGUAA